ACGGUCGUCGCCUCGACGGUCUCUAACGAUAGUAGGGGUUUUCGCUUCAGCAUUUUCUGCGGCGAUUCCUCAAGUCACAGAUUACGUUUCUUUGCUCUUAAAUUUAGAAGAGUGUCAUGUCAAAAUUAGGACAACUUUUCUCCAUUCCUCCUUUAAUUAUCUUUUUACAUCUUUAUUUUUAAAAGUUUGGUCGUCUAAUGGAAAAUUAUGUCAUAAACUAUUCUUUUUGUUCUUCUGUGGUUUCACUUUUAUGAAAUAUGUGCUUUACUUUGAUAGGGAGGGUUUUCUCAGUACAAACUUUCCUGCAUUCCCAUGUAAUUCCUGGACAAGAGUUUGAUUUGAAAGCAACCACUCGGAAAUUUCAUGCACAAACACACAAAAUUAUUUAGAGAUUUGGAACCAGUUUCAGCUUAACAUGGGACAAGCAAAAAUUUUGCAAGUUGUAGUAGACUAGUAGUUUUACCAAGAUUUCAGGUUCUUGCCAUGUUAUUGUGGGGGUUUUCAGUUUUCUACAUAACACUUGUUCAAAAUAUGACAGCUAUAUUUACAAAAUAUUUAGCAAGUCGAUUCGACCGAUUCGAAAAAAGGGUCGAUUUUAUCAAAUUUUAAAAUUAUUUAGUAUAUUUUUGACCGGUGCUCUGAGUUAGUGAUUUAGUCGAAAGAGUUAGUUUUGUUGUGUUCCUUGUUCGAUGCUUUACGCCAUGCCAUCAGAUAUUAAAAUGAUUGGCCCUGGAUUUCAGAAAAAAAUGAGACCUAACCCAAACUCUUUCUAAGUUUCCACUUAAUAAAAAAAAAAUUCGUAAAUGACUAGAAUCAUCUGCGAGCUGGCCUGUUUAAAGCAUCCGCGUCUAACUGUCAUAUACUUUUCUUUUAAAGGAUUGGUCUCUGCAAGUGUUUUUCCUUUUGUGAUAGAGGAUGAAUGCUUUUGAUAGGGAAACAAAGUUGAUCGGUUGGAUUAAAGGCUAAAAGGGUUUGCGAUUGGGUGUGCCCGAAGUAACCAUCUCGAUUCCUUUUCUUUUCUUUUUCAAAACGCUUUUGCCUUCAUGUAUUUUUGUCUCUCUUUGUAUGGCCUUUUGGUCUAAGCUCAUAAACUACACUUGGUAUUUACCCUUUACACUCUAAACUGUCCUCUUUGGUCCUACAUGUCCUUUGUAACGUUACUGAAGCAUGAAUUUGUGCACCUUUUCAAUAUACCAAGAUGAUUUGAACCUUUGUUCACAUUAGAAAGAGAGAAAAUAUAUAGGCUAAGUUUUCUUUUAAUCUUAAUCUCUUAAAACUUAAAGUUAAUUCUUGAAAAUUUGUUUUUUAUUAAUCAAUAAAAAUCUUUACAUCAAACUAAUGCAAAAAAAAACACUAAUGUAAAAUGAAAAUAUGAAUAUCUAAUUAAUAAAACAAAAAUAAAGCAAUCAUAAACUAUACAACAAAAGAAGACAACAUAAUGUAAAGGAAAAUUGAAUACCUAAUUCAUAAAACUACCAAAACUCAUUAGCUGAUUUACCCUAACCAUGGUCGUGUAUCACAAGGCUGGAUGUUUUCGCCUUGGCUUGGAGUUAAAUCAUGAAACCUGGAAAUUUAAAGACUUUAUAUUGAUAGUUUUCUUUCUUCUUGAUCAUAAUAGUAUAAUCACAUCUUUGCUUGUCCUCAAUAAUAAUUGUUGGAUCAUGCAUGUCCAUCUUCCUUUGUUGUUUUUCUUCUUCUUUUAACUAAAUUUUGAGUAAUGACCCUUUACUUUUGUAAUAGGAGCCAAAGGCAGUUAGUGUAAUAAGGGCAUCAUUCCAUAUUUUACUCCAAAAUUGAGAAAAUUGAGUAGAAAAUGGAAUAAUGAACAAAAAUUAAAAGGAUUAUUCCAUUUAUAGAGUAAUGAUUUUAUUUUUUGUUCAUCACUCCAUUUUUUAUUCUAUUUUUUCUAUUUUUGAGUAAAAUAUAGAAUGAUGUUGAAGAUGCUCUAAGAAAUUUUGUUGAUUGUUGAUUGAUGAGUGGCCUUUGGAAGAAGUAUUUAAAAUUAUAAUAAGUAAAGGCUGAAAAUAUGAUUGGGGAAUGAAAGGAAGAUCUCUUGUACAAUCCUUCAGAAAUUAAUAAUUACAUUUACCAUUUCAUUAACCUUUGAGGACUAUAUAUAUACAACAUUCUCUUAUAAUAUUGUAUAAAUGUUGUUGAAGAUUCCUAGGUAAGGUAAAUGGUGGUGCUCUUCUUUUCUCUUCUUUCUAUGCAGUGGCAUGCUUCAUGAAAGAGAGAGACCUAUUCAUCAAAGUAGAAGUGUAAUAGGAUAAGCUCCUAAUGCCAGUUACUGUAACGUGAUUUCAUAGAUCCAUCUUGGAUUUUAUGCUGCAUUCCCUGAAUAGCAAAUGGAUUUUGUAUCCUUUGCUAGAUUUGAGAUUCAGCUGUUCACUAUCUAACUUUGAGUGAAAUAAUGUAUCAUCAAGUUAAGGUUAGUAUAUCCUUGCCUUGUGGCAUAUUGGUUUAUGCAUACAUUUUUGGUCUUUCUUAAUAGUAAACACCUUUGUUUCUUAUUCUUCUUCUUCUUUGUUUCCUCGAUUUUAAAAGAAAGAUAUAUUGAAAAAGCUACACACUUUUCUGAAAGUAAUGAAAGGGAAAGAUAAUUAUAUUUAAUACAUUUAUUAUAUGAAUUUAUAUGCCUAUGAUGGGUCCGCUGCUAAAUUUAAAGAAGAUACAAAGACCAAAAUAGUGAUUCUAAGCGAGACCCUUUUGGUUUACACUUACAGAACCUGAAGGGUUAAAACAGCUUCAUCAGUUAUGAUUCUUGAUUAUAUUAUGGAACAUAGUUCAUGUUAAUGUUAUUCUAGAAACUGUGUGCCAAUAUUUUCCGCUUUCUUUAUUUAUCUUGCAGCUAUUUUGGUCGCUUACACGCUUGUGACAUGGGUUAGCUUUUGCUUGAUUGGGUUAAGACCAGGUGUGACUGUUGUCUUAAAAAGGUAUAAAGACAUGGCUAUUAGUUGGUGUAAGGUGAUGUAUAAUUGGAGGUGUUAUCUUUGAAUAUAUAUAUAUAUAUGUAAAUGAUAUGCAUCUUUAAUUAGGUCUUUUAAAUAUAGAAAACAAAUGAUAAACUUUGCAUAAAAGAGAGGUACCCACUUAUCAAGCAGUACCCAUGAUACAUUUUUAAAAUGUAUAUGUGAAAUUUGAGAUAGAAAAACACUAUUAGGGGGGAAAGCUGAAUUGCCUUUGGCUUUUGAUACUGAUUUGUCACCACAUGCAUUCCACUUUGCACUACAAAAACCCACUUUGGACCCUUAAAUUCUUGCCUCUACUACAAGAAAAGCAUACACAUUCCUCAUACUCCCCAUAUAAUUUCACCUCUCACUUCCUUCCAUAGACUUACACAAACAUCUUUUGGUAAGCUCCUUUGAUUUUUUUUUUUUGUUAUCCAAAGAAAAAAAAUAUCAAGACAAGACUGUGUAUAUUGAGUAUGAGAAGUGGAGGUUGUAGUGUCCAGCAAUCCCUCACGCAUGAAGCUGCAAACAUGGUGAAACAAGCCAUGGCCUUGGCUAGACGGCGAGGGCAUGCUCAGGUCACGCCUCUCCAUGUGGCUAGCACCAUGCUCUCUGCUUCCACAGGUUUACUCAGAACAGCUUGCCUCCAAUCCAACACUCAUCCUCUUCAGUGCAGAGCACUUGAGCUCUGUUUCAACGUCUCUCUCAACCGCCUCCCAACUUCCACAGGGAGUCCUAUGUUGGUCCCUUGUAUAUCUAACGCUCUGGUGGCAGCUUUCAAGCGUGCACAGGCUCACCUGCGGCGUGGCUCCCUCGAGAACCAGCAACAACCAAUCUUAGCCGUCAAGAUUGACCCUGAGCAGCUUGUAAUCUCCAUUCUUGAUGAUCCUGGUGUCAGCAGAGUGAUGAGAGAGGCUGGUUUCUCAAGUCCUCACGUGAAGAGCAAGGUGGAGCAAUCUGUGUCUUUGAUGAUCUCCUCCAAGAAACCUAAACUAACUUCCGCAGUAAGGAACAAAGAUAUCAUAAACGGUGUAGACAAUCGGGUGGCUGAGAGGAGGGAGACCUUCAGUGAGAUCGAAAACGGGACCGUUCUAGAAUGCUCAAUGAAGACAAGCAGUAGAGUGACCACUGCUCUCCCAGCGUGGCUUCAGAAGUACAAGAACGAGAACCAAAGUGACAGAACUGAUUUAGAUAACUCAAUCUCUGAUUCAGUAUACAUAAGACCAUCUGAGAAAACUCUAGACCUUUCUUCUCUGUCUCCUUCCUCUUCUUCCAAUACUUACGCUCAUACAAGAGAGGUGGAGUAUCCCUCCAGGUUUAAUGAGUUGAAUGAUGAAAACCUAAGAACUCUAUGCGAUGCCUUGAUAAGCAAGGCACAAAGCCAGAAGGAUGUGAUCCCUGCUAUCGCAAAAGCUAUCUUAAGUUGUAGGUCAAGAUCAGCACCUAGGAAGCUAAGCAACGGGAACCGAAAAGAAGAAACAUGGUUACUUUUCCAAGGUGUGGAUGUUGAGGCCAAAGAGAAGAUAGGUAGAGAGUUGGCAGAGCUUGUGUUUGGGUCUCAGAACAGUUUUGUCUCAAUUAACUUGAGAGACAAGAAAAGGAGGAGAGAUGAAGAUAGCUUGAGCUACACUCAGAGAUUGUUCGAAGCCGUGUCUUGUGAUCCACACAGAGUGUUCUUCGUAGAAGAUAUAGGUGAAGCUGACUAUUUAUGUCAGAUGGGUUUCAAGAGGGCCAUUGAGAGAGGAAGAGUCCAAAGUGAAAAUGGUGAAGAAGCUUUGCUUAGAGACGCCAUAGUGAUCUUGUGCUGUGAAAGAUUUAUCUCGAGAUCAAGAAGUUGUUCACCUCCAGAAGAAGAGAGAAAGAUGAGGAGUUCUUGUAUAUCUCUCGAUCUAAACCUCUCUCUCCAUCAUGAUGGUGAUGAUGAUGGACAUUGCAGUGAUCAUAUUGGAUUACUUGACGCUGUAGAUGCACACAUUAUUUUCAGCAACUCGGCAACAUGAUCAUUUAUAGACAUGAUCUUGCUACAUAUGGUCAGGGUCAUGUGUUACUACUUCUCCUUGGGACAUUUUUCUGGCUCAAUCGUGUAGUUAGGAUGCUUAGGAACUUUGUAGAGGGGGUAUGUUAACAAAGUUAAUCCAAAUCAUAAUUUAAUUUCUCUUUAGAUAUCCAA